AAGUUUGCACUCUGACGUUUUAAAAAUAUCUACUAUCAAAUGUCACUAGAUAACAAACAUCAAGUACCAAAUUACUAAUUCAUGUUGGCAUUUGCCUUUCUUAAUAUAAAAUUGAUCAGUUUUCACUUUUCCGCUCCAUGGUUAGUAAACUAGUAUUCAAAAAAUGGGUACCGUUACUCCAAGUGAUUUUGAUAAAAAUACUUUAAAAACCGAAAUAAGUAGAAAGGAAUCUGAAGACGCCAGCAGUGAAAACAAUGAACGAGGAGAUGAUCAAAAAAGAGUAGAGAAACAAGAAACAAACAAUGAUUCAUUACUAUCUAAAAAGAAAAAUGCUCGUAGAAAACGAGCAAAAUUACAUAAACUGCAAAUGCCUGAUUCAAAUAAUGCGCAAACAGAAGCAAUACAAACUGAGACCCAGGGAUGCGAACAAAAAGAAAUUAUUGCUUCUACUUCAACUGCUGACCCUAAAAUACCUUAUAAGAAUGACAACUUGAACAUUCAAGCCACAAACGUAACUAACCAUAAGCAUGGACACUAUAUAAGCGGAAAUUUCAAUAAUCUUCAUAUAUCUCCUCAGCAGAUAGGACAUAAAGACAAAUCCCAAUUAAACAUGCAAAGUGCAGAGUCUGUUCAAGAUUUUUUCAUGAGACAAGUCAUACCUUUGUAUUCAAAUGCACAGUACAUGGAAAAUCUUGCACAUCAUCCUCAGUUUCAGUUAACCCAAAAUGUAAAUACACCUCAGGCUGGACACAGUUCACCUCAAAUGCACCCUAAAUUUGGAUAUCCAAUUAGUGUUCCUAAUUCUCCAUUAGUUUAUGGAAGUCCCACUUUUCCAUUUCAACCAUCUGAUUUACAUUCUCCAAAAUACUUACAAAAUUUUAUGCAACAUCCAUUAUUAAAUUAUUCCCUCAAGUCCCCAAAUCAUAUUAACAAUGUAUGUAGGAAUGUUUUUCCUGGACCAUCAAGUGGACGUCACUUCAAUUCUCCUCAGAAUAAAAACAAAGAUUGUAAAAAAGAUGAGGAGAGAAAAUUUGAGUCAUAUAUGUCAGAAGAAAAUGUGGAAGCUGGUUUGCUACAAAAUUCUUUAAUCCAGGGAGUUAUAAGAAUCAAUCCAAAGCAGUUUCAACAUGCUUAUGUAACAGGUACAGAUCGUAGCGAGCAAGAUGUUCUGAUAGAUACAGUAAAAAAUAGAAACCGAGCCUUAGAGGGCGAUGUUGUUGUUGUUCAAAUUAUAGAUAGUGACACUGAAGAAACUAAUGAAACAAAUGAAGUUAAACAGAAAAAAGGAAAAGUUGUUUAUAUUAAAGAAAAAGUGCAUACUCGGUCAUGUAUUGGUUCUUUAAUGUUAAUGCCUGAUAAAAAUAGACAGCGAGCUCUAUUUGUACCCAGAGACUACAGAAUACCAAGGUUAAAUAUAUCUUGUACAUUCUGGCCAGAUAAUUUCUAUACUGAUUACAAAAGGUAUGAAAAUACCUUAUUUUUAGCAACAAUUUUAGAAUGGUAUGAUACAAGAUUUGCCAUGGGUAGGAUUGUGUGUAAUAUAGGGGAGUCAGGAGAUAUGCAAUCAGAAACUAAAGCUAUUCUGGCACAAACUGAUUUAGAUGUGACACCGUUUGAAUCUGAUGUAAAGCAUUUAUUUCCAAGCUUAGACUAUGUUAUACCCGAAGAGGAGAUAAAGUUGAGGGAAGAUUGUCGUAAAUUAUGUAUAUUUAGUAUAGAUCCUUCUAACUGUAGAGAUAUUGAUGAUGCAGUAUCAUGUAGAAAACUUGAUAAUGGCAAUUUUGAGGUUGGUGUUCACAUAUCAGAUGUAUCCCACUUUUUGACAGAAAAUACAAAUUUAGAUAAAAAAGUAGCAGAAAAGGCUACAACAAUAUACAUGGUAGAAAGGGCUUAUCACAUGUUGCCAGAUGAACUAUGCAUGCUUUGUUCCCUCUUCCCUGGAGUUGAUAAACUUGCUUUCUCUGUAUUUUGGGAAAUUACAGAAGAUGCUCAAAUUCAAAAGACAAGAUUUUCUAAAACUGUCAUUCAUUCUUGUUGUCAGUUAGCAUAUGAACAUGCCCAGGUUGUUCUUGAUGAUAAAGAGGUAUCAGAAGCAAGUUUCCCAGAAAUUUACAAUGGCUUUGAAUUUUUAGAUAUUUUAGAAAGUCUUAAAAAUCUUGGCAAAAUUUCAUCUAUUUUGCGGGAAAGACGUUUUAAUGGUGGAGCAUUAAGAAUUGAUCAACUGAAGGUUUCAUUUAAAUUGAGUCCCUCUAAUGGUAUGCCAGAAUCAUUUCAGAUUUAUGAAAGCAAACAAAGUCAUCAACUUAUUGAAGAAUUCAUGUUACUUGCAAACAUGGCUGUUGCUAACAAAAUUUAUGAGGACCAUCCAAAAUUAGCAUUUUUAAGAUGUCACCCUGAACCUAGUAACUACAUGUUACGGCAAUUGGCCAAAGCAUUAAAACCAAUGGGAAUUGAUUUAGAAAUAAAUUCUGCUGGUGAAUUAUACAAAUCACUGUUACCAUAUAUGGGCCCAAAUGCAGAUAAAGGAAAAGCCACGGUACUAAGUAUGUUGUGUGCUAAGCCAAUGGCAAGAGCAAAAUAUUUUUGUGCUGGAAACUGUGAAGAAGAUUUCAAUCAUUAUGCAUUAAAUGUUCCACUGUACACACAUUUUACAAGUCCUAUAAGAAGAUAUGCAGACAUUAUGGUCCACAGAUUAUUAUCUGCAAGUUUGAAGUAUAGAAACGUACCAACAUGGGACAUCGACUAUGUUAACAUGAUUGCAGCUCAGUGCAAUAAGCAAAAAUACAAUGCAAAAAAGGCAGGUGAACUGUCAACAGAGUUAUACACCCUGAAAUACAUAGAAAUGCACUCACCUGUCUUAACUGAAGCAGUGGUUGUUGAAGUAAAGAAAAAAUACAUUGAUGUCAUCAUAGUUGCUAUGGGUCUAAAUAGGAGGAUAUUUUUCAAUAAUGACUUUCCUGGAGAAUAUAAACAUAUUGUCAAUGAAGCAGGAUCAAAGCUAUCAAAGAUGGAACUAACUUGGAAUGCAACAGAGACUCUUCCUGAAGUAAAACAAGUUAUUAGUGUAUUCUCGACUUUAAAGGUUGAAAUGCACAAAGGCGAUGAUAUGGUUAAAGUUGAAGUUAAACUUGUGAGACCAGAUAAUACAGCCCCAAUUUUAUAAUUUUGACCAUUAUAUUUCUCUCAUAUAUUUCUUGCUAUUGCAUAUUUGACAUAUUUGAAAUGAAAUAAUGAUUACUUAAUAAGAGUAUCAGUAAGACCAGAUUACAUGAGAAUAAAACUAAACUUUUAUCCCUAAUUGAGGUCAAUUAUGCACAUCAUUAUAAUUAUUAAAACGCACAAUCAAAUAUUAUUAUUAUUUUUUUGACUAACUUUUGAGAAUCAAAAGGGUUUACUCUAUUAAAUUUUUUAUUUUAAUAUUAGUCAAAAUUUAAUAUUGGCCAUAUGUGAUUAUACUUUUUGAAUAAACACGUGGCUGUUAUGUACAUAAUUAGCAAAAUUUUAAAUAAGAUCAGUAUUUAAAAAACAAACAUGUUACUUAUUUUGAGUUGAGUGAGUGAGAGUUGCCUAUAAGGCAUUUUACAAUUUGUUAUAUACAAUAAUUAUGGAAUCUUAUUUUAAUAUUUUUUAUGCAUUUUGACAUUUUUAGAAUAGUACUUUAUAUAAUAAUUUCAACAAUGAACAUUUUGCAAUAUUGAAAAUAAUAAAAUGCAAUAAAUAAACAGCUACCAAUACGAAAAUAAUGAUUUGUUUAGAAUGGAUUUUUCACUGCUAAGAUUAAUUUCUAGGUACCUGUCAUUUUAAUUUUAUUACACAAAAAACAUAAAUCACUAGUACAAAAAUGUUUAUGAUAAGUACAUAUGACAAUGAAGACAUUUGUGUGUAGAAUAAGUAGUUUUGUGAUCUCUGUUUUAACCUCUUGUAUUAUAAUAUUUUUGUAACAUCCUUUUAUUAAUAGUUAAUAUUAGGAGAAUGUCUUGUUUAGGCUAAAUUUAAAAAAAAAACAAGUCGCUGAUUCUAAUACCAUGUUAACAUUAAAAAUCUUAUCUACCAAGAAAAUCAAUAACCAAACAAACUUAAUAGACCUGGUGGUCAAGGGCCGACGAAAUUCAAGAUUUUUAAAAUGUAUUGUUUGUGGUUUGUGGGCCUAUACAGCUGAAUUAUACAUAUACUUUUUGAUGGACUUUGUCAUACUUGAUAAAAUUUUAAAGAUAUAAUAUGAAGUUCUUGUGUCCAUUUAAAAAUGAUGUUGUGUAGAAAUAAGAUCUCAAUAUUAUAAUAAAGGUUGUAGUCUUUUUUGUCUCUGUAUUUCAAUUUGAAUAAAAUUUUAUUUUGUGUAA